AUGACUCGAACUCUUGACGUGUUGUUACUUCUUUGGAGCUGUGUACACUGUGUGUUUGCAGUGCCAAGUGCCGAACUGAAAUUGCAGUUGCCGUUCCCCGUAGAGUCACAUCCGUUGCAUUUGUCCUCGAGUCUCUUUGCAGCCUCGGAACGACUGCCACUGAACGCUCAUGUGGUUAUCUCGUCAUCGCUGGCGCUUCCAAAGAUGCUAGCGGAUGUGCCAUUCCCCACUGGUGCUUGGUGGACGAAUCUCGUGCUAGCUGAGGGCCGAUCGGCUGUUGCGUCCAUGCCGUACGUCCACAAGAUUAUAAACGAAAAGCUCCAUAUCAGUUUUCCGUUUCGUGUCGUGUCACCCAAGAGUAUCGUCGAAGGAUUUAUUUCUCAAAUGGUAGUGAGUUCCCAGGCGAUGCAGACGUCGACGUUGCCCGUGGCACAUCACGUGGUGGAUUUUGAUGCCUUCAGCACGACGGUGCGCUUCAGCAGAGGUCAAGUGGAAGAGUUUCGUGUGUAUCUCGUACGAGGUUCACCGUACGUUACUAUGGAGUACAGUCACAGUCGGCCUGUGGUAGAAGCCAUGGAUGGGCUCCAGAUCACACACUUUAAAAAGCUGCAAGGACUUACGCUCAUGAACGGAGACGAUGUGCCUUUUGCCACGUUUGCGGCGGAGCUCAAUAACGGACAGACGUGGUACUUGUACGCAUCUGAUAAGAAGCUUGUGCUCAAGUUGAAUAACAAGGGCCAAGUGACGAGCAAGGACGAGUUUACGGGUGUACUACGAGUGGCUCUGUGUCUUGAUGCCAAGCUUAUGCCGUAUCUGCUCGAGUCGGCGUCGGCCUACGCUGUUGGAGGUGAUGUCGCACACUCUGUGGAUCCAGAAGACUCGGACAAAGCUUUGCUUGAAUUCCAGUGGAAGACAAAGAGCUUUUCAACUUUCCACGGCGACACUGCCAAGGUGACGGAUGAGGAAAAGAACAAGUUGUUGAUGCUGACGCUGCCACACCACAUGGACGUGAUGCAAGUGCAGCAGGACAGCAAGACGCCGGAAAAGGGGAAAAAUCGGGUGCUGCCAGCUUUGAAAUAUACAAGUAUUCGGGGAGUGAUGGAAGGUAUCUUUGGUGCUGUGUGGUACAUGAAGGAGAAGCUACCAGCUGUGGAGUGGAAUUACGCUGACGAUGGAUUAUUCAGUAACGACUUCAGCGUCAAUCUGGCCGACGAAAACGAGUCACAUGCCGCCAAUAAGCAGCUUCGGAUCAACAUGCGUGAAAAGGUUACACAGGCAAUACUGCAAGAGCUUCCCAUCGAUGCCAACAAGUAUCAGGCUCCGCUUAGUCCCGAUUCGUACAAUUUUGGCAAGCAAGUGAGUCGCGAUGCGCGCUUGCUUUUGAUUGCGGACAAGUUUGAGCAAGACGAUAUCAAGCAGAAGCUGCUGACGAAGAUCGAGAUGGAGUUGGUUGAAUGGCUUGAAGCAACAAAUGCGAACCAUUUUGUCUAUGAUCAGACAUUUGGUGGCGUGAUCACGAAUGAUGGCUGGCAUAACAAGGACGCUGAUUAUGGCAACGGCUACUACAAUGAUCAUCACUUUCAUUACGGAUACUUUAUCUACGCGCUUGCUGCAAUUCGGAAGUUUGACCCAGCCUUCAUUGCAAAACAUGCACAGGCUUGUGCCUUGCUCAUGGGUGAUAUUGGAACGCCGCUGCUGAACAGUAACACGUCCUUUUUCAACGAUCUACCGGUGCGAUCACUCUUUCCUACCGCGCGCCACAAAGAUUGGUUCGUGGGUCACUCGUACGCCAGCGGUCUUUUCCCAAUGGAGGAUGGCAAGUCCCAGGAAAGCAGUAGCGAAGAUCUUAACGCCUACUACUCUCUCGCGCUUUUCUCUUCUUUAGACGAAAAAGCUACUGAAGGACAAGGAGACAGCUCGUACCAUCAGUACGCGCGUCUUCUGCUUGCGACAGAGCUGCACUCAGUAAAGAAGUACUGGCACAUGUUGGAGAACUCAAAAAUUUACGAGCCUGUAUUCUCGAAAAAUGCUAUGGUUGGAGUCGUGGGUGAACUGACUGUCGUAUACAACACGUGGUUUGGCGACAGCCCUGUCUACAUUCACGGCAUCAAUAUGCUCCCUUUCACGCCUAUGACGCCACAACUGCUGAACGAGGAAUAUGUCACGCGCGAGUACGCACUAUUGAGCCAAUAUCUACCAGAUCUGAGUCAGUACGACAUUUGGCGCUCUAUCAUUGUGAUGGACCAUGCAAUCUUAGACGCAGCAGCGGCUUGGGACGAGCUAAGCAUCACCGUUAAGGCAUUCGACACCUGGUCUUCGCGAACCAACGCUAUGUACUGGAUAGCCACUCGCCCAUCGUGGUUUGAACAAAAAAAUCGUCCGGCACUGAGUAAUCCACAUCUGGAUACUGGUGAAAAGUGCUUUGGAUUUCCGGCUUGCGCUUCGGCAGGUGACAACGGCACGGCACUGAUGUGCUGUGGUAUAUUGCCAGGUUGCUGCCCGAGUGUACUAGGUUGCUGUCCACACGAAGACCCCGCUCUAUUGCCGAGCAAUACCUGCUUCGGCGAGCCUGAAUGUGCUGUGCUAGAAUUGGGCUGCUGUAACUCCAUUGAUGGUUGUUGUGAGCCCGACACCAUCUCAGGCACGGUGCUAGGCUGCUGCAAGAAUCAACACUCCGGGGUAAGCAACACGACCCACAAAGCGACUAAGAGAUCCAAGGAUUCGGCAACCUGCUAUAAUGAACCUGCGUGUGAAGCAGCCAAGCUCGACUGCUGUGGCGCACCAGGAGGAUGCUGCUCUGGUUCUGGAGUUAAGUUGGGUUGCUGCUCAGUGGAAAAGCCUUUAACAGCAACUGGCGGUAAGACGGAAACGUGCCAGGGACAACCCCAGUGUGGUGCUGCUGGGUUAGACUGCUGUGAAUGGGAAGGAGGCUGCUGCAAGCCCGAUCCUGUGACCGGGGGUAAGCUGGACUGCUGCCAAUAUGAGGCAGCGGACCUGCCCUCAAUCAAGGCCGUUCCUAUCCACAACGGCGAAGACAGCUCUGGCGGGGACAAUACUGGUAUUACUCACAUCUUGAUUGGCCUGGGAGGAGCCGUUCUGCUCGCGUUGAUUGUUUUUGCUGUGGGCAUGUGCAACCGGCGUCGUGGCUACGCCAGCAUUGACGGCGACAUGCGUGCGCUAUACUGCGCUGGACUGAUGGCCGGCGUUAUCGCUUUUUUCAUCUUCCUUACCGUUACGUCGUAA